AUGGCAGACAAAAAAACCCUGCACCUCGGCGUCCUUCUCGUCGCCCUCCUAUUAACAGGCACCCUGACAGCACGGGCGAACAGGGGGUCAUCGUCGUCGCCGGAGGAGGAGCGGGACAAGGAGGACGCGGAGACCCCGUGUGAAGUUAAAACCGUCACCGUCUCUACCCUGCCCGUACUCCGGGAAAACGAGUUCAGCUUCACCGGCGGAGGCUCGGGAAGCGUGGUCGGAGGAGGAGGAGGAGGUGGUGGUGGUGGUGGAGCAGGUGGUGGGAUAGGAGGAGGAGGAGGUGGCGGUGGUGGUGGUGGUGCUGGAGGAGGAGGAGGAGGGGGGGAAUCCCGACUCCUGUUAUUUGUUAGAACAGACUUACCUGGACGAAUUUCCGUUAUGGAUGAUCUUGACAACACAGCGCUCCCCUACUUCACACUCGAGAUGUCAGGCACGGGGGCAGACAUCUCCCAGGUACACUGGAAGCAGCAGUGGUUGGAAAACGGGACACUUUAUUUCCACGUGUCCGUGACCGGUUCUGAGCUUCUGGCCCAAACCACACAGCCUACAGCCCGCGAGCCUGCUCACGUCCUCCAUGAACACAUGCAUCUGCUGCACAUCUCUGUAAUGGGAGGCCUCAUUGCCGUCCUCCUUCUCAUCCUGCUCUUCACCCUGGUCCUAUACACUCGCCAUCGCUGGUGUAAGCGUCGGCGCGUCCCCCAGAAGAGUGCCAGCACUGAGGCCACCCAUGAGAUCCAUUACAUCCCCUCUGUUCUGCUGGGUCCACAAAGUCGUGACAGUUUUCGCGGCUCCCGGGGCACACAUCAGCAUGGUAGCUCUGUCAUUGGCAUGCCAAUUCGUGAGACACCCAUCCUUGAUGACUACGACUGUGAUGAGGAGGACCCAGUUGGACACUCGCUGAACUCCACACCCAACCAGCUACACAACCAACUUAGCGAUGGGAUGGUCAAGGAAGACUACGAGGGUCUUAUCAGCCAAGGUCAAGACCCCCACUUCCACGGAGUCCACGCUGAUACCCUGUGCAAAGAGGAUGGGCUGAAACAUAAUUUGGGUAAGAGAGCCAUUGAUCCAAAGCAGGAGUCAGUGGAUGACUUGAUGCAGAGGUUCAAAGAGAGUUUCCGCCCUCCAAAUGCUACAGUGGACAUGGCUCACUUUCAGCAUGUCACACACAGCUCGUCCACAGGGCGCAAAAGGGGUCCAAGCCACACCAGAGUACCGGUGUCUGGGGGUGUGUUUAGUCGUCAGGGGGAUUCGGGUUCAGAGCCUGACGAUGACAGCCAAAUGAAGUUCUACACAGAACAGCACAGGGGUCGCAGGCGCAGUAAAGGACACCCACAUAGUCCUCUAAAUAAGGUCACCCUGACGUUGUUUACCAUCAGCACCUGUGUUGUUGCCAUAGUCUAUGCUACACAAAAUUCCUGUCCCCUGACUGUGAAGGUCGCCCUCCAUGUGCCUGAACACUUUGUCGCUGACGGAAGUAGCUUUGUGGUGAGCAAGGGCAGCCUGCUGGAUGUGUCUAAUUGGCUGAAUCCAGCUAAAGUGACCCUCUACUAUCAAACCAAUUCAUCCACCCAGUGGGUCAGAGACUACUGUGGCCAGAGGACUACUGAGCCUUGUGAACAACUUUGUGACCAGGAUACAGGAGAAUGCAGCUGUCAUGAGGGCUAUUCCCCUGAUCCUGUGCAUAAACACCUCUGUGUUCGCAUUGACUGGGGUCGCAAUGAAGGUCCAUGGCCAUAUACUAACCUGGAGAAAGGCUAUGACCUAGUAACAGGAGAGCAAGCUCCAGAGAAGAUAUUCAGGUCAUCAUACAGUCUGGGCCAAGGGUUGUGGCUGCCAGUCAGCAAGAGCUUUGUGGUGCCACCGGUGGAGCUGUCAAUCAAUCCCAUUGCCAGCUGUAAGACGGAUGUACUUGUUACCGAGGAUCCCGGCGAUGUCAGAGAAGAGGCCAUGUUGUCUACAUACUUUGAGACAGUGGAUGACUUGCUUGCAUCUUUUGGACCUGCGCGUGACUGCUCGAGGGACAAUGGGGGCUGCAAGAAGAACUUCAAAUGUGUGUCUGACCGUCGGCUGGAUUCAUCUGGCUGCAUGUGUCCCGAGGGACUUAAGCCGAUGAAGGAUGGCUCAGGUUGCUAUGACUACUCCAGGGGUACUGACUGUACAGACGGCUUCAAUGGGGGCUGUGAACAGCUGUGUCUCCAGCAGCUGGUGUCUCUGGCUGAUGACCCAGGUUCCAGCAACGUCUUAAUGUUCUGUGGGUGUGUACAGGAGUACAAACUGGCAGCAGAUGGGCGUUCCUGCCUCCUACAGUCAGACAACUGUGAAGGACCGAAGUGCCUGAGGCAGGAUGUCCACUUUAAUUAUACCCUAUUUGGUGAGAUGCUGCAUGGAUACAACAACAAGAGCCAGCAAGUCAACUUGGGACAGAUAUUCCAAAUGACCUUCCGGGACAACAACUUCAUAAAGGACUUUCCUCAGCUCGCAGACGGUCUCAUGGUCAUUCCUUUGCCAGUUGAAGAGCAGUGUCGAGGGGUGCUAUCUGAACCACUGCCCAACUUGCAGCUUCUAACAGGUGAUGCCCAGUUUAAUGAAGCUAUGGGCUAUCCCAUGGUUCAGCAAUGGAGAGUGAGAAGCAACUUGUAUAAAGUCAAACUCAGCUCUAUCACCUUGUCUACAGGCUUUUCCAAGGUGCUGAAGACACUGUCAGCGGAGAGCACACGGGAGGAGCUGCUGGCCUUUCUCCAGCAGUAUGGCAGCCACUACGUGUCUGAGGCCCUGUAUGGCUCUGAGCUCAACUGCAACAUCUACUUCCCCAGCAAGAAGACCCAGCAGCAGCUCUGGCUGCAGUACCAGAAAGAAGCGACAGACCAGGGGGUCGGCGGAGGCGGCCGGCGUGAGCUGAAGUCAGUUCCCUUCAUCAGCUAUCUGUCAGCAUUGUUGAAGAGUCAGCUGUUGUCUGAGGAUCUGGUGAACGGGGUGGAGAUCCGAUGCGAGGAGAAGGGUAGCUGCCCAGCUGCCUGUCACCUGUGCCACCGCCAGACCAUGAUAGGUGAUGGGAGCCGCAGUAUUAAUGGUCGGGGCAGUGAGAAGCCCUCACCCAUCCCUGUGCUGUUGGAGGUCAGCCGGGUUGUGCCACUCUACAGUCUGGUCCAAGACAACGUCACCAAAGAGGCCUUCAAAAGUGCCACGAUGAGCUCAUACUGGUGUGCUGGAAAGGGCGAUGUCAUUGACAACUGGUGUCGCUGCGACCUGAGUGCCUUCAGCAACGACGGCCUUCCCAACUGCAGUCCCCUUAGGCAACCGAUCUUGCGCCUUGCCCCUCACCUGGAGCCCUCCAGCACAAUGGUGGCUAUGGAGUGGGUUGAUGUGGAACCCCCAAUUGGCUGCAAGAUCUCUGAUUAUAUCAUCCAACAUAAGCGAGUGGAGGACCCUUCAGAGGCAGAGGUCUACACAGGUGAAGUCCUGAGCUUGGUGGACGACCUGUUUUCUGGUUUGGGUUCAUCUUGUGUAGUUGCAGGGAAGCGGAAUGGAGACCAUCCUCAUUCUGUGUUGUAUUCAGUGGUCUUCAAGUGCCUGGAACCUGAUAGUCUCUACAAGUUUUCACUCAAUGCGGUGGAUAGCCGAGGCAGUCACUCUGAGUCAAGCUUUGUCUCUGUGCGAACAUCCUGUCCAAUGGUGGAUGAUAGCCGGGCAGAAGAAAUAGCUGACAAGGUGUACAAUUUGUACAAUGGCUACACCAGCGGCAAGGAGCAGCAAACAGCCUACAAUACACUGAUGGAGAUCCCUGCUCCUCUGCUCUAUCGCGUUCAACACCACUACAACUCCCACUAUGAGAAGUUCGGAGACUUUGUCUGGCGCAGUGAAGAUGAGCUUGGACCCAGGAAAGCUCACCUAAUCUUACGUAGGGUGGAGAGGAUUAGCCGCUACUGCCGAGCCCUUCUGCGCAGCACCUACAUCCAGAGCCGCACUGACACUAUGACCUAUGUUUACUGUCGGAAUGAGGAGGUCCGGCCUCCUAGCAACAUAUGGCAUGGCUCCUUACAUGAGACGCGUAUGGCUUGCAUGGAGAAGCUAAUUUCAGUCCAGCGCAACACAUAUGGCAACACCAAACUUCGGUGA